AGCACUCACUAUCCGGCGAUAUCUCCCUUGACCGUCCUCUGCGGCUAUUGAAGCAGUAGGUCAGACAACGACGCUAACACUGGAGCUGUAAAUUCAACUACGGGGGCUCCCGUUCAAAGCGCCGCAUCAAGCUGACCAGCUAGCGCAGUGAAAUCACUUGCGACUCUCUCUGAAACGAUAUUUCUGUUUCGGAGAAGUGCAAAUUGAUAUCCCAAAAACCACUGCCGCCACCAAAAAUCCAAAAUCGAAGCAAAAAUGGUUCAAAAUAAGAUCACCGAAAUCACUGGGUUCCAUCGCUCUUUCAAGGGCCAAAAUCCCUUUGAAUCUGACGACUGCACUAAAAAUGGAUCCCUUAUUGAUUCGUCCUUUAAUUUUGAUUCCUCCCCAAGACAUGACAUAACUUCCAGCCAUCCUAUCGACAUCCCCGAUGCCAAGAAGAGAAACAAGAAGAAAAAGCGUUGCCGGGCAACUGACAGUUUCUCAGGGAGAUUCGAAGAUGUCUACAGACUGCAUGAAGAGUUACUAGGAGAGGGUGCUUAUGCCAGAGUGCAAACAUGCUUCAACCUCAUCACCAACAAGGAGUAUGCCGUCAAGAUCAUUGAGAAGAGACCGGGUCACAGCCGCAGCCGCGUCUUUCGAGAGGUUGAGAUGCUCUAUCAGUGCCAGGGACACAGUAACAUCCUGGAGCUGGUAGAGUUCUUUGAAGAGGAAGAUAAAUUCUACCUGGUGUUUGAAAAGCUAAGAGGAGGCUCCAUCUUGGCACACAUUCACAAACGACGAUACUUCAGCGAACAGGAAGCCAGUGUUGUCGUGCAGGAAAUCGCCAGUGCUCUGGAUUUCCUGCAUAACAAAGGAAUGGCGCAUAGAGACCUCAAACCUGAAAACAUCCUCUGUAAGAGUGCAGACAAGAUUUCCCCAGUCAAGAUCUGUGACUUUGACCUGGGCAGUGGCAUCAAGCUGAACAGCGACAGCUCACCCAUCUCCACCCCUGAGCUCCUCACUCCUUGUGGCUCAGCAGAGUACAUGGCACCCGAGGUGGUGGAGGCCUUCAGUGAGGAGGCCACUAUUUAUGACAAGCGCUGUGACCUGUGGAGCCUUGGAGUCAUCCUUUACAUCAUGCUGAGCGGCUACCCCCCCUUUGUAGGCCGCUGUGGUGGAGGCUGCGGCUGGGAGUUAGGGGAGCCCUGCCACACCUGCCAGAACACUCUGUUUGAGAGUAUCCAGGAAGGAAAAUACGAGUUCCCAGAAAAAGACUGGGCUAACAUCUCCUCAAGUGCCAAAGACCUCAUAUCCAAACUUCUGGUUCGGGACGCCAAAAGUCGCCUGAGUGCCAGCCAGGUGCUGCGACACCCCUGGGUGCAGAGGGGUGCAUCUGACACUUUAUCAACAUCAAUCCUGCAUCCAAGAUCCAGCAAUUCCAGGGAUCUGACAUUCUUUGCUGACAAAGCCAUGGCUGUGAACCGGCAGCUAGCUGAACAGGACGACAUGGAAGACCAGCAGCAGCAGGACGUCCCGUUUGUUAUUACCACUACUGGCUCUUCUAUUCGCCUCUCCCUUUCUUCCAACUCCAAGCUGGCCCGGCGCCGGCAGCAGCCCAGCCUGGGGCCCGUCUCUGCUGCAGAGCUCCGCCAGCUCCUGGCCCCUCUGGUUAUUGUGGGAGACUGUGCCUGAACCUUCUCAACCCUGACCUCCGACCUCCUGUUAAGAUUCAAGUCCAGAUCCAGACUACCCUGGGACUCUCUCAUCAAUUCUGGCCCCCCUCCCUGACUCUUGCUGGCCUUGGUUCCUCUGCCAUUUGGGCUUUCUUGCCUCGCUGUAAGGGAGACGCUGCUUGCAGCCCUUCCUCUAAAUGCCUUCUGCCCUUCCGCAGCACUUUUGAAGCACAUCAGCCCAGGGCCUGCAAACACACUCACUCACUCACUCUCACACACACACACAAGUCAAUGUUUGGGGGGGGAGGGCCAGUUAAUGAUUUGGGAGAGAAGUCUUUUCUAAGUUUUUCUUCAUAAAAAUAAGUUCAGAAGAAAGCAAGAACACUUAUCUUUGAAACUAAGCUCAGACACCAAAGGACAACCUGUUGUGCUGCUCCCACGUUACAACUGGAUCCACUGUGAAAUAAUUUAUCUGGAAUGUUCUCUUUGCCUGUAUGUAUAUGCAUGAAUGGCCCAUCUGCAGAUACGUACGAGCUUAUGCAAUAUGCCAAGUAGGCUGUCCUGUAUCAGAGGGAUUUAUAAGAGGUUGAAAGGGCUGUAAGCCAAUGCUGUCCGUGCCUGGUGCGGUCCGUUCAUAUGGCUGGAGACUUGAAGGGUUUUUUUUUUUUCUCCAUUUGAGAUAAAGAUAAAACAUGCACUCAUCGAGCUUGGUGGCCAUGCACUUAAUGCUCCCAGGGCAAAGAAUGUUUGUCUGUUCGCAGCCAGGCACAACUUGCGCUUUCACCCAUUCAUACAGUUUAUUCCAUCUAUGCCAAAUGAUCCGUGGCCACAUCAUUCAUCCCUCAUGGCUGAUAGAGUUUGAUCCAACCUAUUUCACUUAUAUGAUCCAUGGCCACCCCAAAGUACACUUCUGACGUAGCUCUUAAGUAUAUCUGGUUUGUUGGUACAAGCUAAUUAUUUAAAUUUGCUAAGCUAGUGAAACUGGGUCAGUGUUACUCUCAUCAUAAAGAAUUGUCCCUUUACUGCAACCAGGAGUUUUUUUGUCUAAGAAAUAGAUUGAACUUUGAAUAUGUUGGCUGUAAAGGUCACAAGCACAUUUUGGCCAAUGUGGCGGUAGUGUCUUUUGUUUAUUGAAUACACACAUUUGGACCCUUUUUUUUUUUUUUCUUCCCCAAGUUCACCAUUGAUUUGUUUUUGUCACAUUCUCAUUGCAAACUAAGAGGGAGAUGUUGAAAAAGAAACAUUAAAAAAGGAAACAUUCCACAAAAAGAAAGUCUUCCGGGCAUGUAGCUGUUUUAAGUUAACUUUAUUUUGUCAUGUUUGAAACUCCAUGUCAUUGUGCCACACUGAUUUUCUUUCUUUUGUACGGCUGUUGAUAAGCUUAUUUUCUGUAUAGUGAAUUUCAUGCAGGUUCAGUUCAGGUGAAACACCGGAUGUUUUCCUUGUUUUUUUUGCGGGUUUUUUUUUUUAAAUUCAGAGUACGUGGUGUACGAGUUCAGAUGGGAAAGAGUUUAAGUUGAUCUGGAGCGUUAUUGCCCAGUGAAGGAACGCUUUUAAGUUUUAUUUGUAAGAGUUGGCAAUAAUUUUUUUUUUUUUUGUCAUUCAGAUUAAGUUGAAGCUCAUUCUGAAACUGAUAGGUAAUGGACUGGUUAUGAGGUCUCACAACACUGUAACCAUUUCACCAAAGAGGGUUCAACCUGAUUGGACAUGUGAUCAUCACCUAGUUGGAGCAGUGGGAUUUUGAUAGCCGCAUCCCGUUACCAGCACUGCAGCGAUGGUACUCUGGAAAUGGCUCACUUGGUGUCAUUAUGCUGAUAAUGGGACACCGUAAUAGUUCUAAAAUACCUUUCUACAGAUGCAUCGUUCUGGGGUUUUAUGUCUUAUACUAAGACUUACUUGAAUUUGUGUAUGCAGCUGUUUCUCCAUUUGGGAAACUACUUUGCUACAGGUAAAUCUCUAAGCAUUAGGCUGAUGAUCAAGGCAAUCUUGGGGUUUCUAAAAUACCUAAAACAGUUCAGUAUUCUGCCUUUGUCUCCUUUUUGGGCAUCAGACAAGUUGGACCCUACUUUUUUAGAGGGUUCAAUACUCAAACGCACAGUUUCUGGCCAUACUCUUAAUAUCCUGGAUGGUAUGAUUAGAGUUUUCUUGGUCAUGACCAUUUCUACUUUUGUCAAAUGGCAGUAGCUUUUUGGACUGCCUUUUAUUGGGGGGGUGGGGCAAAUAGGACAACAUUGUAUCCUUAAGCCUCGCAAUUUUUAUAUUGUAAGUCAUUUUGAAGUAAGGAUGUGUUAAAAUCCAGUCAUUCCUUCAAAUCGACAGUCCAUCAAUCUCCCCAAAUUUGAAUGUAGCCCGCAGGCAAAAGCAUUUACAAUCCAGCAACGUUGAUCAAAUGUUUUAUAAAGAGUUCUUCUCAUGGACAUGGUGUUGAAAUAUCCUAUCUACGUGGAUUCAGUCCUCAAUCUUUUAUUUUCUAUUGAGUUGACAUCUGUUUUUCAACACUGAAUGCACAAAGACCGUCGUGUCCAUGAAAAGAUAUUUGAAAUAAAUACAUCCUUUCAAAUACGAAACAUAUUUUUGAGUUAAAAUAAGCACUUUACUGUACCAUGUGAAUGAUUGCAGUUCACUCAAGGAACAUUUAUGACCGUUGCUACAGAAUUUUGUAUUGUUUUUCUAAAAAAUAAAAUUGCAAUAAAAUGCUUUAAACUAC